GUGCCGCGGGUGCUACUGUGUGUGGCAGAGGGCAGAGGAAGGAGGCGGCUGCGCCAGGGGAGAGGCCAAGUACUGGCUGGUUUGCUGCUUGUGCGGCUGGCUUGCUGCUGCUGGAGAAAGACUGAGAACAGUCUGCAGUUGCUGCUGCUUGCUGUUGGUGCGGCAGAGGGUGCUCUUUGCACUGCUGCUGCUUGUGGCUGCUGUGUGCUGGAACUGCUGUUGUUUGCAGAGGAGAAGGAGGAAGAUGCUGUUGUUGCUGCUUGCAAGUGCUGCUGCUAACUCUGUUGCUGCUGGUGGUGUACUACAGUGGAGUUAGCAGAGAAGAGGAGGUAAGAGCUCCUGGAUUGAUUUGGUGCUGCUGUGUGAGGGGCUGCUAGAUAGCGUACUGAGGAAGAAGGAAAGUUCUUGCCUGCUGUGAUUGAGGCAAGACAUGGGAGAAAAUUAGGGACUCGAGAAGGCAAUUGAAAAAUUGGCUGAGCUCCUAACAGCCAAGGUAGGAGCUGCAGCAUCUCUAAAUAAUGCAAUUGUUCCUCACAUUGAGCCAAUUCAGAAAAUUGACUUGAUGCCAAAUGAAAUUAAGCUGGAAGGUGUUAAGAAUUAUUUGAGCUGGUCAAGAAGGGCGCUACUCAUCUUGAGGACUAAAGGGCUUGAGGGCUUUGUCAGUGGUGAGGCAGAGGAGCCAGGAGACAAGAAAACUUCAGAAUGGAGGACAUGGAGCAGUACCAACUCUUUGAUAGUGGCAUGGUUGUUGAACUCCUUGUCUCCAACCAUUGCUGCAACUGUUGAGACUAUCUCAACUGCUACUGAGGUAUGGAAAACCCUCUCAAAAUUGUACUCAGGUGAAGGGAAUGUGAUGUUAAUAGCUGAAACAGAGGAGAGAGUUGGUGAACUCAGACAAGGGGAAAAUUCUGUGAUGGAGUAUGUUGCUGAACUGCAGUGUUUGUGGGCUGAUUUAGAUCACUAUGAUCCUCUGGAUUUGCCACAUGCAGAUUGCAUAGCAGCUGCUAGAAAAUGGAUUGAACGCAGACGAGUGAUGCAGUUUCUCAAAGGAUUGAACUCUGAAUUUGAGGCGAGACGUGCUACUUUAUUUCAUCAACCUACUCUACCUGCCUUAGAGGAUGCCAUAGCAGCAAUGGCACAGGAGGAGGUCCGAUUAAAGUUGAUGAAGAACAAUACAACGACUCCAUCUCAUCCAGCCUUCAUAGCAACCGACUAUAAAAGCAGAGAGUGCUUCAACUGCGGUGAGAAGGGUCAUUUGAUUCGUUCUUGCACGGCUCCACGUAGGAACAUGCAUGGAAGGGGGAGAGGAUAUAACCGAGGUGGAUUAAGGGGAGGCCGAGGCCGGGGAUACUCUGGUGGUCAAAGGGCAAAUGUGGCAGUCUCAGAAGAAGGAUCCUCACUCGCAACCCAAGAAGAAUCAAAGAAAAGAACAGAAAGCACAGGUGAUAAGGAUCAUGAGGAUUUUAGUUACGGCAACUUUGCUCACUUUGUAUCUACAGAUGAAGGAGAGGCAAACGGGGAAGAGGCUUGGGACUGGAACCAGGCGUAAUGGGCUAUGGUACAUGGAUCGCGAGGUGCCAAAUAAUGCGGUGUCUACGAUGUUAGCAACAAUGAUGGGAGAAAAGGAAACAAAGGUAAUGCUUCACCAUUGUAGAAUGGGACAUAUGUCUUUUGAGAAGAUGAGUAAA